GCAGACUCCACUCUCCCUCUGAGCAGACGGUCAGGAUCAUAAACACCGAGGCAGGGAUCCGCUCCUGCUCUUCUCCUGCUCCUCUCCUGGUCCUCUCCUGGUCCCCUGACCUCCUGGUCAGCUGGUAAUCCUCACUGCUCCCUCUGCUCCUCUGUUUCGGGCUCUGCGCUCUGCGCUCUCAGGAAGGAUCGUUUGGAGUCUCCAGCAGCUGCAGCCCGACACUCGAUCUGCAGACGGACUCCAUCGUUUUCUCCAAGUUUACAGCAUCAGCGGCUCCUCUUCUUCUUCUUCCUCCUCUUCUUCCUCUCCUUCUCUCACACUCAGAGUCCGAUCAGCUGAAGUUUGGCUCUGACAUGGAGGAGAGUGUGCGCAUCGGGCUGACCACUCUCUGAUCCCCGCCUGAAGUUCGUCUCUUUGUUCAGUUAAAACCUCGAACUUUCUGCGGGAGUCUGCGGGAGUCUGCGGGUCGGGGUCACAACAUGUCGGGGGAGCGGAGGCCCCGGCUGUGUGUGAUGUUGAAGGCUGAGGGCGGGUACGGGUUCCAUCUCCACGGGGAGAAAGGGAAGAGCGGACAGUUUAUCCGAAAAGUGGAGCCCGGGUCUCCGGCGGAGGCGGCGGGGCUGCGCGCGGGGGACCGAGUCGUGGCCGUGAACGGAGUGAACGUGGAGAGAGAGACGCACCACCAGGUGAGCACCUGAGCAGGUAUCUGAGUGGACUCAUCCCGGGGGUCUGCGUGGGUGAUAGAUGUACCUGAGCUGUCAGAGUCAGGCUCCCCUCCAACCUUCACCUCCUCCACCUCAGGAGGAGAACCGACAUUCAAACUUUUUACAUGGGUGUAGAUCUGAUCACGUGGGGUGUGUCAUGAGGUUCAGAGGGCACGUGUGUAGGUGCAGCUAUUUAACAGCCUGCAGGUGGAGGUGUGUGAGUCUGCAGGUGGAGGUGUGUCUUAGUCUGUUAAUGAUGUUAAUAACAUGAAUGACAGUAACCUGAAGCCCCUCCCCCUUUCAGGUGGUUCAGCGAAUCAAAGCUGUGGAGAGUCAGACACGGUUACUGGUGGUCGAUCCUGAGACCCACGAGAGUCUCCGCAGUCUCCGCCUCACGGCCACGGAGGACAUGGCUGUCCUCAGGAUGGGUCCAUCCUCCUCCUCUGUCCCAUCCUCCCCCUCUCCUCCCCCCUCUUCUGUACCCUCCCCGAGUAAGAGGAGGGAGAACGGCUCGGCGUCCAAGGUGCCCACCACAGCGAGCGGCCAGGUGCAGAAACCCACCAGGAGGUCCCCGUCCAAGGCUGCAAAGAAGGUAGGCUGACGUCUGUGACGCCGUGACGAAUGUUUUCUCUAAGCAGUAAUCUGACUCUGAGCUGUAAAAUAAAACCUGUUAGUUUGGUCAGAAUUAACAGGCGGUAGAGAAAAAAGUUCAACUGAAACAAACAAACAAAAAAAACAUCAAAUAUUGUCUUUAAAAACAUCAAAUAAAGGAAACAAACAAUCUGGACCCGCAUGUUUCUCCUUCACUCUGCUCAGAGGUCGAUGACAGGAUGAACUCAGACAUCAGGGGUUAGUUUAGAAGACCAGAAACAGCUAACAGAGCUGAGACCGAGGGUGAAGUCCUCAAAGAACCCAACGUUAAAAAGUCCAACAUGUUUAGAGACAGGAACCAAAAAAAAAGGUCAGUCUGAACCUCUGAGACCAACAGGAACUUAAACCUUCACUCUGAUAAGUGUGAAAACAUGAAAACAGAAGGCAGGAAGAGCAGCAGCAAAGACACACUACAGACCAGUUUAAACAGACUACAGACAGGUGAAACGUACUAAAGACAGGUUUAAACAAACUACAGACAGGUUUUAUCAGACUUCAGACGGGUUUAAACAGACUACAGACAGGUGUAAACAGACUUCAGACGGAUUUAAACAGACUACAGACAGGUUUAAACAGACUACAGACAAGGUUAAAUAAACUACAGACAAGUUUAAAUAAACUACAGACAGGUUAAACAGACUACAGACAGGUUUAAACAGACUACAGAAAGGUUCGAACAAACUACAGACAGGUUAAACAGACUACAGACAGGUUAAACAGACCACAGACAGAUUUAAACAGACUACAGACAGGUUUAAACAGACUACAGACAGGUUAAACAGACUACAGACAGACUACAGACAGGUUUAAACAGACUACAGACAAACUACAGACAGGUUAAACAGACAACAGACAGACUACAGACAGGUUAAACAGACUACAGACAGGUUUAAACAGACUACAGACAGAUUAAAACAGACUACAGAUGGGUUUAAACAGACUACAGACAGGUUUAAACAGACUACAGACAGGUUAAACAGACUACAGACAGGUUUAAACAGACUAUAGUGAGGUUAAAACUAACUACAGACAGGUUUUAACCCGACUACAGACAGGUUUAAGAAAAACUACAGACAGGUAAAAGAGUCUACAGAAAAGUUGAACAGACUACAGACAGGUUAAACAGACUACAGACAGACUACAGACAGGUGUUUCUCUGAUGAAAACAACCGUCUUUAUCCUCUGUCGGUGUCCCCGAACUCGCCGUGCGAACAUGAAACUAAACUAACCUCUUCAGAUUCGCUCUGUAGCGGAGAUGACCCCGUGACCCUCCCGGUAUUAAACGCCGUGUGUUGGCGAAUGUUGGAACAUGUCAGUGGGGUCGCCGCCCUUUUAUGAUAUCACAGCGUUGCACUUCGUGUUGUUAGCGUCCUUUUUGGUGACGUGAGGUGGAGCCUUCGCUCACUUUGCUCCCUCCACCAUCUUGUGAUUGGCGUGUGGCAGGUCAUGUGACGUUGAUGUAAGGUCUGUCUGCUGCUGCGUAAACUAAAGAAUCAUGAUGUUGAUUGAUCGAACCAUUUCUAAUCGAUUCUUAACAGGAAACAGUUUCUGAUACCCGUCACUAGAGCACAGUCCGGUGUUUACAGGCUCGCUGCAGCUGAACUUCACAGGCCACGCCCCCUCAUCUUUCUGGCAUCUCUCUCGGUCUCUCACAGUUCUUUACGAUCUGGAGAUGUUUUUGUCUCUAUCCUCUGAUUUCUCCACGCUCACACAGGAAACAGGAAGGGUUUCCUGUGUCCUCCGUGUGUCUGUCGGAGCUCCGGGACGUGAUCGGAGGAGGUUUCACGUGGUCGCUCUCUCCCUCUCUGUCUCUCUCUCCCUCUCUCUCUCUCUCGUGGCGAAAACAUCAGCAUGUGUUUUCACUUAACUGACCCUGCCAGAACAAGAGCGUCCAAUCAGCUGUGUUCCUCUCUCUCUAAGCAGCGACGGGGCGAUCGAUUGGCUCUGAAAUGUCUCUGUUUGACUCUUUGACCUGUGGAGAGAAACACCAGUGCAUGCUGGGAGCAGCUGGGAUCACGGGGGGGUAAACGGCUCUAAGGGGGGUCUGGAGAGGAGGUUUGGUGGGAGGAGCCCCCCUGUUUAACGACUCAAAAAGACUCCGCCCCUUAAGAGCGAGGAGUAUAAUCAUUAGAGAAACGGCGUCUAAGUUAGCGGAGCGCUGUUCGGCUGACAUCAGCAGAUUUCUGCAGAGAGAGAGAGAGAGAGAGAGGAGAGAGAGAGAGGAGAGAGAGAGAAAGAGAAAAAGGGAGGGGGGGAGAAAGGAGAGGGAGAGGAGAGAGAGAGAGACAGAGAGAGAGGGAGAAAGAGAGAGGAGAGAGCGAAAGGGAGAGGGGGGGAGAGAGAAAGGAGAGAGAAAGAGAGAGGAGAGAGAGAGAAAGAGAGAGAGUUUGGACGAGGGAGAGUGAGAGCGUCCAAAAACAAGUUUAAGGAUUUGUUGGAAACAGUUUCAGGAAACGGCCUCCCUCCCUCCCUCUAUGGGGUAGGUGGGGGGGGAUGUUGGAUAGAUGGACUUCCUGUUCAUGAGUCGUCGUGUCUCUGCUCACCGAGUGUUUCUGCAGUUUCUCCUCUGAACCAGAGUCAGAGCGUUCGUAUGUUUGAGUCUGCAGAGAGAAGAACGAACCGAAGGUUUGAUGAAGGAGUCGGAGGAGAGCGGAGCGGCCAGAAGGAGGCUGUGCUCACUCCUUCUCGUCUCCUCGGUCAGAAACGUUCCUCUGCAGGAUCAGAGCUGAGUCAUGUCGUGUAGUUUGAGGUUCAGGGUUCAGGUUUUUAGUGAGCCUGCACACAGAGAGGACACCAGGACCCAACUCUGUGAUCCUGACUCUCUGAUAUUCACCUGCGAUUACACUUCAUUUACAGAUCAGAUUAAAUCUGGGAUUACAGUCAACAUGGUCCUGAGUCUUCCUGAGCUCGGCUCUGAUUCCUCUGUUAUCAGUUUUCCUGCAGAAGUUCAGCUGGAACAUGGGAACACAGAAAAGCUGACUUAUGUUUCUGUUCUGAAGUUCAGCCUGAGAAUAAAAACAAAAAACUGUUUCACUGACGCUCAAAGUCGACAGCGAGGGUUUCUCUGCUGGAUUAGCUCUUCAAGUCAAACGUUUAGAAAAAGGAAAAAAGGUGAAAUAAAGUUAAUCGAUCCUUAAAAUCCAGAGUGAGUUCAGAGACAAACUUCUGAUGUUUGUAGGUUUUAUUUUUAACGUUUUUAUUCUCAGACUGCACUCAUUCAUCAGAUUACAUCCUUAAAAUCAUAUUUACUAAAAUUAAUCAGAUAAUAUCCUUCAUAUAACGAUAAUUUCAUUCAUCAGAUUAAAUUCCAUGACAGUAAUUUCUCAUAACCUAAUCUCAUUGGUCUGUUGGUUCACUCAGAGUAAAUUAGACGACCGAAGGAUAAGAACAUUGUGACUCCAUAUCAUCUUACCUGAACACACACCUGAGGUGUCGGAGCUCUGCCUCGGGGCCUUUCUCCCCCUGUAAACACACGCACACACACACACACACACACACACUCACACACACACACACACACACACACUAACAGACACACACACACACGUGUGUCAGCUGGAUGCUGUAGGUAGAGUCAGGUAUCACUUUCUCACAAAACCGUUUUUUUAAAACCUGUUUGAUAAAAAAAACGUAGAGAGAAGAAGACAGACACACUCAGUCUGUGCUCCAUGACUAAACUGACACGAACACAGACACAAACACAAACACAGACACAAACACAGACACAGACACAAAAGGUCCUUACACACCAGGCGCAAAUUCGCCAGGCGAAUGAUUCACCUUUAUUCGCCUUUUUUUAAAACAGCAUGAAGUCAAUGCAAGUUUCCACACCAGCGGCGAUUUUUCCGCAGGGCGAAAAGCGUCUUUCAUUUUUUCGCUCUUGUGUCGAAUUUUUCUGAGAUUCGCAGGCGAAUAUCUGCUGCCAGACCUCUGGCCAAUCAGAAGUCAUGUUGUUGAUGACGUCACAGACCCAUGCGGCUGCAGUUCACACGACACACACCACCACUGGCACCAAGAGCAACGAUGGGAGAGAGUGUGUACCACAGAGUGGUCGCCCGGUGUGUAUAAGCAAAAGCGAUCUUUCGGACCGGCGAAUAUUUUCGCAUUUUCGUCUCGCUUUUUCGCUUUGCUCCGCAAAUUCGCUGGUGUGUAAGAACCUAAACACAGACACAAACACAGACUCAGGUCUCAGAUCAGAACCACAGAUCCGGUCUCUGAGAGCUCUGCUGCAGGACGUCACCGGACUGGAUUUAGAGAGCGGAUCUGUGGUUCUGAUCCGAGAUCUUUGAGAAUUCCUGGACUGACAGAACAGAUUUAAAGGGGCCAGGGCCGAGGUCAGAGGUCAGAGGUCAGGACUGAAUAAACACAGAGGGUAACACACGGUGAUCUGAGAGAAGAAGGAUCAGGAGGAGGAGGUCUGUGAUGGUGUUAAAGAGGAGGAGGAGUGGGUCAGUGACGGUGUUAGGAGAAGGGGGCAGAGACAACACAGUUCAAACCGUCCUCAAGUUUUUGUUUUUGAAGUAAUUUAGUGAAAAGACUUAAAUCGUCAUCCUGUCACCUUUGACCUCCAUAAAUGAACGAAUGAGGAGGAUUGUUGGUCAGGUGUCGACUUAAUCUUCUUUAACUCGGGAUUAAGUGUUAAAGAACAGAAUAAAACUGGAUUAUUUGUUAUUAAUUAAGAUGUUCAAUAUCAAAAGUCAUUCACAGCUGUGUUUUAUAAACACAGUCUAUCAUCAGAUUAAAACAUCUCGUCUGUUUCUAAUCCACUCACUUCAUGAACUCCUGUCCGCUGUCAGUCAUGGAUGAUUCUGUGAAAACAGAGAAUAAAACGUCAACACAGUUAUUAAUAAAAACUACAGUUCAGUGUUUUUGAGAGUAAAGAGUCUGUGAGUGAAACCAUGAAAAUCAGCUGUUUGUGUUUUUAUUGAUUUUAGUGUUUCUGUUCAAACAAACUGAAAAAAAGAGUUUCUGUCUAUCAGCCUCCAAAACCCCUGAGAACACGAGACACACACACCUGCUGCUCCACACUGAUAACAGCAGCAGCAGGGGCGUGGACACACACACACACACACACGCACACACACACACACACACACACACACACAGAAACACACGCUCUUACUGGAACAGUUGAAGUAGAUAAGAUGUUUCAGGUGGACUCGGUGUUUGUCUAAAUGAACUGGUUUAACUGGUUUCUGCAGAUCCACAUCCAUCAGCUGUUUGUUUAUGAAGAGAAUCAUCAUCAGACAACAUCAGCAGCAGGUCUGACGAUAACACACGUGUUACAAACAUGUAAAUAACAUGAAUACAAAUACCCGGGAACCACUGUUGAGGGUCUGCUGAAGAGGAGAUCCUCAGGACCAGCCAGCAGAGACAGAACCCCCUCAGGAAGCCCGGUUCCUCAGGGUCCACCAGAACAUUCUCAGAACCUUCCAGAAAAAAACGUUUGGUUCCCAAAUCUGAUCCCAUUUUUACACUGAAGUACGGUCAAGACCAGCUGAGUUUAUUAAGCGCCUUGGGAUAACACAUGUUGUCAACUGGUGCUAUAUAGAAAAAGAUUAAAUUGAUUGAUUGAUUGGUUGAUUGAUUGAUUGAGGUGCAGGCCUCACUUCAAACUGUGCAGGAAACUCGACCUCCUGAUUUAGUAGGUCCACCAUAUUAAGUUCAUCCUAAUCCUCCAUCAGCAGCGAUCAGUGAAAGUAUUGUUGACACAUACACACAUACACACACACACGCACACGUUCACAUGGACCAUGCUGCAGGAAGUGCUGGGUCCCUCUGGCUGUGAAAGGGUUAACAGCGGUCAUGAUCCAUUGCAGUCAGCCAUCGCUCAAUAAUUCAACAGGCUGGGAUCCAAUUUCAUUAACGCCAUCGCCAACGCCACAGCUUCACAGGGACACAUGGACACAUGGACACAUGGACACGUGUGUGUGUGUGUGUGUGUGUGUGUAUGCAGACAAACAUACGAAUACAUAUGAUGAGCUGUAAUACAAGACCUAUCAGAGAGCUCUAUAAUAGUCAAUAAUAAUCAAUACUAAAAGCUCCCAGCUGUUUACACACAUUAUUAUUAUUAUUACUAUUAUCAUCAUUAUUGUUGUUGUUAUUAUCAUUGUCAUAACAAUAAAAUAAUAAUAAUAAAAAUAAUAAUAAUAGUUGUAAUUUCAACAACAACAAAAAAAAAAAAUAAUAAUAAUAGUAAAAAUAGUAAUAAUUGUCGUAAUUUCAACAACAACAACAACAAUAAUAAUAAUUACAAUAAUAAUCGUAAUUACAACAACAAUAAUAAUAAUCGUAAUCACAAUAAUAAUAAUAAAAAAAAUAAUAAAAAUAGUCGUAAUUACAAUAAUAAUAAUAAUAAUCUUAAUCACAACAAUAAUAAUAACAAUAAUAAAAAUAGUCGUAAUUACAAUAAUAAUAAUAAUAAUAAUAAAGUGUAAUGAACUCUCUCUUAUGUCACAGUGAGGUUUACGGUCAGUCCACAGACAGAUGUUUCUCCCCCUCAUAUUUUCACAGACGGACAGAAACAAAGACAGACUGUGACAGAAACUACAGGAAUUUGCAUCCUCUGUGUGUGUGUCUGUGUGUGUGUGAGAGUGUUUUCAGCUGUGGGUUGGUUAAAAUAUUCCAUACUGUAUUGUUCAUAUAGAAAUCCUGGUUGAUCGUAAACUCAAUGAGGUCUUGUUGUUUUGGAGCUGUGGUGCGUUCAGGGACCUGGAACAAAAAACGAUCUCUGUGUUUCUGAUGUUCCUCCUCCCUCGUCUUCUUCCUGUGGGACUGUAGUUUUUAAAUGUUCUCCACUGAUAACUGAGCGGCAUCCUGAUGAUAGGAGGGCUGCUGACAGAGGAGCAAAAAAACAAAAAUACUCCACCCCUCCAUCCCUCCACCCUCUCGCUCUCCAACUCUGUGUAUUUGAAGUCUGCUCUGUGGUGUUAACUUCAUGUGUGAUUUUGUGUGUCUGUUUCAGAGCUGCUUGUUCUGAUCGUCACACAUGUUGGUUCACACUCACCUGAACAAUUUAAAGAUACACUAUGUGAUGUUUCUACGUAAACAAAGGAGAAAAUGUCAAAGAUACUGUUUUCAAAAAUGAAGCCAAUCACAACUGCAGUUCCCUGAGAGUCCACUAGGGACAGUGUCCAAACCAAAACACAAGGCCCCAACAGAGUCUGAACAUCCAGGUAACCCCAGAUUUAGACUACAGACAAGUUUAUAUAGACUACAGACAGAUCUUUAUAGACUACAGACAGGUUUAUAUAAACUACAGACAGGUUAAUAAAGACUACAGACUGAUCUUUAUAGAGUACAGACAAGUUUAUAUAGACUACAGACUGAUCUAUAUAGAGUACAGACAAGUUUAUAUAGACUACAGAAAGAUCUAUGUAGAUGACAGACAGGUUUAAACUACAGACAGAUCUAUAUAGACUACAGACGGAUCUAUAAUGACUACAGACAAGUUUAUAUAGACUACAGACUGAUCUAUAUAGAGUACAGACAAGUUUAUAUAGACUACAGAAAGAUCUAUGUAGAUGACAGACAGGUUUAAACUACAGACAGAUCUACAUAGACUACAGACAGAUCUAUAUAGACUACGAACAGAUCUAUGUAGACUACAGACAGGUUUAUAUAGACUAAGGACUGAUCUAUAUAGAUUACAGACAAUACAUAGAGACUACAGACAGAUGUUUAUAAACUACAGACUGAUUUAUAUAGGCUACAGACAAGUUAAUAUGGACUAUAGACAGGUUUAUAUAGACUUCAGACAGAUUUAGACUACAGACAGGUUUAAACAGACUACAGACAAGUCUUUAUAGACUACAGACAAGCUUAUAUAGACUACAGACAGAUCUAUAUAGACUACAGACAGGUUUAAACAGACUACAGACAAGUUUAAACAGACUACAGACAAGUCUUUAUAGACUACAGACAAGCUUAUAUAGACUACAGACAGAUCUAUAUAGACUACAGACAGGUUUAUAUAGACUACGGACAGGUAUUUUUGAAACUACAGACAGCUUUAGAAAGGUUGUUUUUAUAAAUGUAAAUGAAGUUUUUAUUUGUUGUUUUUUUCAGGAGGUUUUGGUCCCGGCUGAAGCUCUCUCCCAGUCCCAGUCACAGCCCCAGUCCGAGUCCCAGUCCCAGUCCUUUUCCUCUAAAGUAGACCUGUCAGAGCUGGUCCCUCGUCUGUGUCACCUGGUCCGGUCUGAUGGGGGAUACGGAUUCAACCUCCACAGCGAUCGAUCGCGGCCCGGACAGUUCAUCCGCUCCCUGGACCCGGGGUCACCAGCGGACCAUGCAGGACUCCGUCCUCAGGACAGACUGGUGGAGGUGAGAUUGGGGGGUUGGGUUAGUCAGUUUGUAGGCCCUGCAGUAGAUCCCUGUCCUGCUCUUGGAUUGGCCCGUUUCAGAUCACGUUGGUUGAUGUGCAGAAACUGAGACAGAACAUCCGACCAUGUCCAAUCUGUGACCAUGAAGGAGGCGGGGCUUAUAACCCUUUACUGCAGCCAGUCAGCAGGGGGAGCUCUGAAUGUUUGAGCUUCUUUUUUAUGAGUCUCAGCUGUCCCCUGAUGAGUCUCAGCUGUCCCCUGAUGAGUCUCAGCUGUCCUCAGUGUCCCCAUCCGUCUUACUGGCUGACUGUUAAACACAUUGCUCCGAGGAUCUGACACCUGAGACCUGCUCAGCAGAGUCCAGGUGAACCCUCAAUAAUAGAUGAAGCUCUAACCCUGACAUGGACAGGUGUGGAUCUACCUGUCCCAGAGGAGUCCAGGUCCAGACUCACUGAGGCUCUGGGACUUUAUCAUCACAGGAUGAGAGUUUGCUGCAGCUGUUCACUCUGAGUUUCGGUUUAUAUGAACUUUAUCUUUAUUUAUUAUGUUUCUUUGAGAGCUGAUUUAAUGAUCCUACAGCAGACGUCUUUAAUGUUUGAAGGAUCAGCUGAUCCUGGAAACAGCUGAUGCAUUAUUCCAGGGUUCGAACACGGCUGUGUGGUCAUUUUGUGUUCAGAAACUUUAAAGGGCCGAGUGAACAGUGUUCAACCAGAGAGUUGAUCUGCUGCUCCACCUGCUGGACAGAUGAGGCAGUGCGGACACACAGACAUGUAUAAAGUCAGGAAAGGAGUGUUUGGUGGUUUAUUUCUGUGUUGUUCUGAUGUUGUUGGUGAUAAAUCUGAUCCUGUAAAUGGAGACUCAUCUGUGACAAGUCUGAGGAUCACAUCCAUGAAAAAAAAACAGCUGAUUCUGCUGUUGACUCUUUCGCUGGAUGACGGAAGUCAGGUGAGUCAGACACAGGAACAGCCUUGGAGCCGAUACUGAUUAUUAGCGGGGGGGAAAAUCCGAUUAGUCUCAAACGGGCUAAAAUUGGCCGAUUUAAUUGGCUCGCCGAUAAAUCAGAUGAGCCCUACUGCUGACUGUGAAUAAAUGUCUGUCAGUGAGAUGUUUCCUCAGCCUGAGGUCCAGUCCAGUCCUGAAUGUUGGUGCUGAACCUCUGAACUUUAAACAGCGUCAGCAGAUUCACAGUUUAACCUUCGUCUCCUCCUCUCUUCACGCUGCAGGUAAACGGCGUGAAUAUCGAGGGGAUGCGUCACGCAGAGGUGGUGUCCUUCAUCAAGAGAGGUGGAGAGGAGACGUGGCUGCUGGUGGUGGACCCGGACACAGACCAGCACUUUAAGAGGAUGGGGGUGGUCCCCUCGGUCAGCCAUGUGAGAGGUAGGCUGUGAAAACACUGAAGGUCUGAUGUUUGACAAGUUUACUGUUGGAGUGAUAAAGUGUCUGUUCGGUGUGUCCUCUCAGACUACGAUGGUCCCUCCAUCUCCAACGGCUCCACCAACCCUCAGAUGAACGGCAGCUCCACCACUCAGUCCAUCCGCUCCACCCGCUCUGACCUGAGCAGCUCUCAGGUGGGUGCUGUAGGUGUUGUGGACUCUGUCUCAGUCUCCGUCUCUGUCUUCAUCUUUGUCUUUGUCUUCAUCUCUGUCUCUGUAGCUGGCGGAGGACGAUGGCAGACGGCUCUUGGACCCGUUUGCAGAGAUGGGUCUGAGUCUGAGCGCCACAGCAGCAGAGGAGAAGGUGAAGGUCCACGCCAAAGAGAAGAGAAGAGCGCCGCAGAUGGACUGGAUGAAAAAAUACGAGCUUUUCAGCAACUUCUAGGACAUCACCCUCUGAUGACCGAAGAGACAGGGACGGUCCCUCACAGAGACAAAUGGACAAUCUAUGACGUGAAAGGACGCUCUUCUUAAUAAACUGAUCAGACACACUUUAUCAGGACACACUAACACCGUGGAAUUAACCACAGGACCAACAUAAAGGGGUUUAUCUUUAAAAAACUCACGACAGAGGCAGAGAAAGUCAUCCUCCUCUGUCAGCAAACUCUUCAACAUCUGCAAACUCUUCAUCGUCUGCAAACUCCUCAAUGUCUGCAAACUCUUCGUCUGCAAACUCUUCGUCUGCAAACUCUUCGUCUGCAAACUCCUCAACGUCUGCAAACUCCUCAAUGUCUGCAAACUCCUCAACGUCUGCAAACUCUUCGUCUGCAAACUCCUCAACGUCUGCAAACUCCUCAAUGUCUGCAAACUCUUCAACAUCUGCAAACUCUUCGUCUGCAAACUCUUCGUCUGCAAACUCCUCAAUGUCUGCAAACUCUUCGUCUGCAAACUCCUCAAUGUCUGCAAACUCUUCGUCUGCAAACUCCUCAAUGUCUGCAAACUCUUCAACAUCUGCAAACUCUUCAACAUCUGCAAACUCUUCAAACUUAUCACUCUAUGAUCGCCUUAUAUGAACUGAUGACUGUCUUUGCUGAAAUUCUCGUAUUUAAAUUCGUCGUUUCUGAAGUUUUUCAUGUUUUCUGGGAAUAUUUCAUACUUAUUUUUAUAUUAUUAAUUUUUCUUGAUUGUAAACGAUCGUCUUCUUCACCAUAAUCAGAAACAUCUUUACAAAGGACUCAGUUAUUUUUUUAUUACAAAUAUAAAUAUCCUGGUUUAUGUCGUUAUCAUGGGCUGAAUCUUGACGUGGUUUAGUGGACGCUGUAAGGGUCAAAGGUCAUCCUAGAAUGACAUGUUUGUGAAGGAGAGGAAACCCAUCGGCCCCCCCACAGAGGAGAAAGGUCAUUGGACAGGAGGACUGAGAUGAAGGACAUUACUUACUGCUUUUCCCAGCAUGCUUUGCAGCCUAACAAAAAGAGAUGGCACUGACAGGUAGAGGUGAACUCACCUGUGUCAGCUGAUGGGUCAGUCAGGUCUGCUGCUGUGGGCUCAGAUCCACCUGGAUGAGGUCAGUCCACCGUUAGUCCAGCAGAGUCUGGUCCUGAUGCUCGGCUAACUCCGAGCUAACCUGGGUCUCAGAUAAGAGAGAAAAUCUGAGUCUGCAGUAAUUUUAUAUUUACAGAUAAAGUUUGAUUAUAUGAUAUUCAUGUCAAAAUAACAUUUUUAAAUAAAAACAUUUAAAAAUA